CUCCCCCACUCCUCCCCUUAUCCAGCGAGCUGGGUACGUUCUGACAGGAUCCUUCUCUGGCAGUUAAGAGAAUGGCUGUUCCGCCUGUAUAUGCUGACCUUGGCAAGUCCGCCAAGGAUGUCUUCACCAAGGGAUACGGCUUUGGUCUCAUCAAGUUGGAUUUGAAAACAAAGUCUGAAAAUGGACUGGAGUUCACCAGCUCGGGAUCAGCCAACACGGAGACCAGCAAGGUGUCCGGCAGCUUGGAGACCAAGUACAAGUGGACAGAGCAUGGUCUCACCUUCACAGAGAAGUGGAACACUGACAAUACUCUGGGCACAGAAAUUACCCUGGAGGAUCAGCUGGCUAAAGGGCUGAAACUGACCUUCGAUUCCUCAUUCUCUCCAAAUACUGGGAAAAAGAGUGGAAAGAUCAAGACCAACUACAAAAGGGAGCAUAUCAACCUGGGCUGCGAUGUGGACUAUGACAUUAAUGGCACGGCUGUGCACGGGGCCCUGGUGGUUGGCUAUGAAGGCUGGCUGGCCGGAUAUCAGAUGACUUUUGAGGCCGGGAAGAACAGGGUUACCCAGAGCAAUUUUGCUGUGGGGUACAAGACUGAUGAGUUCCAGCUCCACACAAACGUGAAUGAUGGCACUGACUUUGGAGGCUCCAUCUACCAGAAGGUGAAUGACAACCUGGAGACAGCUGUUAACCUGGCUUGGACUGCUGGGAACAGCAACACUCGCUUUGGCAUUGCGGCCAAAUACCAGAUUGAUGCGGAUGCCUCCUUUUCAGCCAAAGUUAACAAUUCCAGCCUGGUGGGCCUGGGAUAUACUCAAUCUCUGAAGCCAGGUAUAAAGCUGACCCUCUCUGCUCUUCUGGAUGGGAAAAAUAUCAAUGCUGGUGGCCAUAAACUGGGUUUAGGACUGGAAUUUGAGGCAUAGGAAGAUGUAGUGCUGUAAUGAACCUCCAAAUAUUUUAAUAAAUAGCUACCUUCACUACCUUGUGUUUCCCUUAGAUGUAUAUCAAGGUGGGAUACAGGCAUUUUUGUACUCUAAAAUCUUGUUACAAAUUGUCUGUUAUUUUUAAAAGCUUAGAUAUAAAAUCCAUUGCCCAGAUUUGGAGUACAAUUAUAGCUGAUUAGAUGGUAUGUUACAGGGCUCUAAAUGAAAAAAGAAAAGUAGUUGUUCAAAUGUUUUUAAAUGGUCAGGAAAAAGUCAUUCCACUACAUGUAAACACUAUUUAUUUUACUAUAAAGGCAAAAGGGGAUCAAAGUUAAUUGGGAUAUAAUACUGCUUGUAAAACAUCGUCCUCUAGGUGGAGUGUUUUCACUUGUCAGAGAUGUCACAACCGUUCCUUUGUCUGCUUUACCACACUCUUUGGCUCAGUCUGAUAUUUUGCCAUUAAUUUUAAAACCAGCUACCCUCAGACAAAACUAGAGCAAUGCAUUGAUGGUCACUUUGGUUGGUCACGCUUCACGUUUCCAGCAUUAGUUCUCCACAGUACUAAAUGUGUGUAUAGAUGUUUUUCUUGUGGAGCUUGUCAUGUUACAAGUAGUAAAAACCAUAUUUUGCUAAUACCCUGUUACAGUCUCCCUAAGAAACAGAACCCUGUCAAGUCAAAGUGGAGACAUAUUUCUCAUAAGAAAUACAAUGGGUAGAGUUGGUGUGUUUUAAUGGGAAAAUGUGGUCUUCCUUUGACUGAGAAAAGAUCUGCAAUUACAAUGUUCUUGACAGUAUUGGUAUUCCCUUGAGUGAAAUAAUAGUAAUAAAACACUAUCUCAA